AUGUUGAAAAGCUUCAAGGACCUUGUUGAUGUUCUUGUGAAGGACCAUGGAGAAGAUUUGGAAGGUUUCAUUGCCUCUUUCCAAGCAUGUCCAAGUCAUGGGGCCAAAGCUGAGUUGGUUGCUAAACAUCCUGUAUUUAAGUCCUCUCAGGUCAUCUCUUGGAACAUUCCCAAGUCUUUGGAGGAAGCUGAGAAGAAGCUGGCUGCAUUGGACUUUUCUGCUGGCAACCUUGAUGAGUGGAUCAUGGACUUGAAUGAAGUUCUGGCACUGGUACCUCAUAGUGAAAACAAUUUAUUCUGCAAGACUUUAUUGACCAGGGCUGAAUUAUUCAACAAUUGUGGCAUGUUGAAGGAAGCCAGAGAAGAUGUCAAACUUGUUUCCUUGAGGCUCCAUCUGGUGACAGAGUCUGAGCCUGAUUUGAGGAGCAGGAUUGAAAAGUUGAAAGUGUGCCUUGAAGGGAAAAGUGUUGAUCCAGAGGAUGGCAACCCUGUUAAUAAAGAGGUGUUUGGAGGUCUCCAUCAACACUUGAAAGGAUGCAGUGCUGCUUUGGAGCUGAGAUAUGACCAGGAAAAGGGAAGAUGUAUGAUUGCUACAAAAGACAUACCUGCUGGUGUGGUCUUGGUUGUGGAGAAACCAUAUGCCUCAGUCCUUAUGCUCCAGAAGAUCACAGACCACUGCUACACCUGCAAAAGACACUUGAUGAUGUAUCAACUGUUUUGCUCUAAGUGUGCCAAGGUAAGGUUCUGCUCCAUGGCCUGCCAAAAAGCAGCUAAAACACACUCAAUUGAGUGCCAAUACAUGGGGAACUUGCUUAAUGAGGAUGACAUCACACCUGCUGGGCACUUGGCUCAUGAGAUCAUCCUGCAGACUGGCUGGUCUGUAUUAAAAUCCCUGAGGGACUCCAUUGGGACUUCAGGUCAUCAACAAGCACCAGUAAAGGAUCUUGGAAUAAGGUACCAUGAUGUAUACAACUUGGCCAACAAUGAGAGCAGUUGGGACCCCAGGCUGUCCUUCCAGGCUUGUCUGGUUGCUGUCUAUUUGGCAACUUUACUGAGGCAAUCUGGGUUCUUUCAAAAAGGUGAGGAUGAAGUGCCAAUGGAUGACUUCAUCUUUUUGGUGUCUCUGUUGUACAACCACAUGCUCAACUUGAAGUGCAACAGAGUUGGCCUUGUUGAGACACAGUACAAGACAGGAGCUGUGGAUGGUCCAAUGGAAGCCUUUGGUAGAGCAGUGUGUGGCACACUGUCAAUGUUCAACCACUCCUGUGCUUAUGGCUGCUGCAUUGACUACAUUGGGGACCACUUGGUGGUGCACACUCUGGUACCCUUCCAAGCUGGCCAAGAAGUCACCAUCAAUUAUGGUUUCAACUAUGCUCAGGAUAACCUUGUUUACAGACAACAACGUUUGAGUUCAUUGUAUGCAUUUGAGUGUCAGUGUAUUGCCUGCAAAGAGGAUUGGCCAACUGUUGCUAAUGUUGCACAGACCAUUUUCAAGUGUCCCAAGUGUUCCAAGACACUGUCCUCCUCCAAAUGUUCUCAGUGUGGGUCUGUGGCCAUGCAGACCUUCCAGCAACUGCAGGACUAUCAAAAAAUAAUCCAGAAAGCCAGGGUUUUCCUGAGGACUGGACUUGAAAAGGGGCCUAAAGCUGCAGUCUUGGCAGCUGAGUACAUUAAUCUGAUGUACCCAAUGAUGCAUCCAAGGUCUGUGGACCUGGUGAUGGCCAUUAGCAACUUGAGAACAUUAACGGGUCUGGCGGCAAAUCUCGCCUUAGACGUAACAGCAUCGUCGACCUUGCAGCGUUGGCAACCUGUCGUCCAUCCGCCGCCGAAUCAUGUCACUCCCGAAGUCGCGAUUGCGGGAGAGACUUCGCAAUCGCAACUCCAGUCGCGAUGA